UAAUAUACAUAUGAGGGCUCGCUCCCUCCUCUCUUUAAACAGCCUCUAGAGCUUCAACAACUCAACUCAUCAGAGAGAGAGAGAGAGAGAGAGAGAGAGAUGGUCUCAAGAGAGCACAAGAGAUUGGGACUGCAUGAGAAGCUGCAACUCCUUCGCUCUAUUACAAACUCGCAUGCAUCGAAUAAGGCUUCGAUCAUCAUAGACGCAUCGAAGUAUAUCGAAGAACUGAAGCAGAAGGUAGUGAGAUUGAAUCAAGAGAUCGCCUGCGCGCAAAACAACAUCAAAGAGAGCCCCUUGCCCAUGGUUACUGUUGAAAGCUUAGAGAGGGGAUUCCUCAUCAAUGUGUUCUCCGGGAAGAGCUUCCCGGGUUUACUCGUCGCAAUUUUGGAGGCUUUCGAAGAGUUGGGUCUCAAUGUAAUGGAAGCUAGGGCUUCCUGCGCCGACACGUUCCGGCUUGAAGCUGUUGGAGGAGAGAACCAAGUCGAAGGCGUCAAUGCACAUGUCGUGAAACAAGCGGUGUUGCAGGCCAUCAGAAAAUGUUCUGAGAAUAGUGAUCAAGAGUGAUGCCAGUAGACUUUUCUUUAGUACCAAUCAAUCAUGCUAUCAGCGCAAGCUUUUCUUAUCUUCCACUUUUCUUUUCGGACCCGUUAAUGAAGUUAUAUAUAUAAUUCUCAGAUGGCAA